UUUUAAACGGAUGUCGAUCGAUCCGGCUGCACCAGUCGCAUAGUCGUGAUGGACCCCGAUUCGGCUAAGCAGUUAUGCAGUUGGGUCGUGGAUAUCGCCGUUUAGCAUAGUAUACACGUCGGGAGUGAUGUCCCCGCAGGCUAAAAGAAACCCUUUCAUUCGAUACAUUGCCAGUGGGGUUAUACUUGAUGACUGGUUGGGAACAGCCGACGUUUGUGUUAUCACCGCUCGUAUCGGAGCGAAAGAAUUUCCCCGUCUGCUCGCAUUAAUGUUAAAUACAAUGGUGAAUCUGGAGUUUCAAAAGUUCUGGGAGCCAAGUCCAGCUAUGCGAAACACAAGGGAAUGUGCCAGAGGUACAGGAGGCCAGUCUCCAUCAACAAGUCAGGGCGUUGCUGUUGCAGCGCAGGUCAAUAAUCACGAAGCUGUAUAUCAGUCCGAAGACUCUGGCCUAGGUUUGGAGGGCACAACGCAACUAGAAAAAGGCGACUGGGCUUUCCAGCCCGACGAGCCUACCGAUUACCCUGAAGACGUUGCUCUCUAUGCUACUUCGCGCUCGAACGGUACCCCCUCGGUUACGGGACUGGAAGGCCCUGGUACUGGCAGAGUCUUCGAUGUGUUUGGCGAUGACGAUGAUGGAAAUGAAAAUGACAGAAACAAUGAUACGGACCGCGUGCUGAGACCAAGGAAGCGGUCUGCAGAUAGUUCAACCCAUCAGUCUCCGAAGCGACGACGCCGUAAUCACCCCACAUCCACCGGCACACCACCGCAGAAAGCCUCUCAUCCGAAACUCUCCACACCGUCAGACGGUAUGGACGUACUUCAAAACUCCGUCCGUUACAUACAGCGCUUUUACAGCAUGGUUAAGGAUAACAAUGGUCCCGUAGAAAGCCUCGGGGAGGAUGACCCUGUUCGUCAUGAUCUCGCCGUGCUGCAGCAAGCAAUGAGCAAGCUGCAGCAUGCUUACGGUGUGAUCGCGACUCGGACUACGGCUACAGAUCUAUUGAAAUUAAAACCAUCAAUAGUGCGACCCCGCCAGGAGUCUAAGCGGGGCAAAUGGGCCGUCGAAGAUGAUAAGAGAUUGUUAGAGUUGAGGGACUGCCAAGGACUGCCGUGGGGGCACAUCUUCCAGCUCUUUCCCGGAAGGACACCGGGAGCCAUCCAGCUGCGAUAUUACACCAUGUCUCGUAAGGAGAAUGGCACACCAUCGACCGAAAAACGUCACCAAAGCCGCAAAUCCUCGGCGAAUCGGCAGAAUCGUCCAAGUCGCACAGUGAACGUGAGAUCGACUCGGGCGCGUCCACAUAACGUAGUCGGAGGUAACCUGGCCAUUGCCUGUAGUUCUGAGUCUUCAGGAAUAGACCAUAUUGCAGCAUCGCUCUCUCAGGGACUUGAAAAUGUUGAUCCUCGGAUCCUUGGUCCUGGCGAUCGAAUGUGGUGACGACCUGCUUCAAUAACACCAUCGACAUUCUGAUUUAGUUUAUCGGUUCCUGCGUUAAUAACAGUGUUGGAAUUUUUGAAAUGACAGUGGCAGCUAGAGG